AUGAACCCCUCUAAACCUCUGAACCGCAUUUACGCAUCUCUAGUGAACCAAGUCCUCACCGCCAUGCUCAAAAACCAACCUUUCGACCCAAACCCCUCACUUUCAACUCAACCAUGGACAACCGACUCAGUCUCCCAAGUCCUAACCUCCAUCCCCAGAUUCUUCUUCCACUCCCCUCGCUCCAUCGGCCGCCAAGCCGGCUUCCGCCACCGCGCUCCAUUAACACAACGCAACCUCCGGGAAGAAACAUAUAAGUUUCACAAUGACAUCCUCCUUCUCGGCCCAGCUGCCCACAGAGACCUCAACAAGGUCAAUCUCGGAGUCGACAAAGCCCUCGACUUUUACUACUGGGUCGAAACCCAUUUCGGGUUUCGCCAUAAUGAGCGAACCUGCAGAGACAUGGCUCUAUUUUUGGCUAAGGCCAAUCGGUUGAAGGCCCUCUGGGAUUUUCUCAAAGACAUGUCAAAGAGAAGCUGCGGCGAAGCCGGAAGCGCUCUUGUUACGACACAGUCCAUGACCUGUUUGAUGAAAUGCCUAGGAGAAGAGGGCUUGGUCAAUGAGGCAUUGGCGGCUUUCUAUAGAAUGAAGCAGUUUCAUUGCAAACCGGAUGUGUAUGCUUACAAUACUAUUAUCUACGCGCUUUGUAGAGUUGAAAAUUUCAAGAAGGCCCGGUUUCUGCUGGAGCAGAUGGAGCUGCCGGGGUUUAGGUGCCCCCCGGAUACGUUUACGAUUUUGUUAAGCUCUUAUUGUAGAUAUGGGUUGGAGACUGGGUGUAGGAAGGCUACAAGGAGGCGGUUGUGGGAAGCCAAUCAUAUGUUUCGGAAUAUGGUCUUUAGAGGGUUUGUUCCGGAUGUUGUCACUUACAAUGCUUUGAUCAAUGGUUGCUGCAAGAUGAGGGCGUUGGAGUUGUUUGAGGAUAUGAAGAAGAGGGAUUGUACCCCCAACCGGGUCACUUAUGAUUCGUUUAUUAGGUACUAUGCUGCUGUUAAUGAGAUUGAUAAGGCUGUGGAUAUGUUAAGAAGAAUGCAGAAUAUGAAACAUGGAAUAGCUACGUCAAGUUCUUAUACUCCAAUUAUUCAUGCCUUGUGUGGGGGAAGGGUUACAGAGGCCCGGGAUAUUCUUGUUGAGUUGGUUGAUGGAGGGUCAAUACCUAGAGAAUAUACUUAUAGCUUAGUUUGUAAUGCACUGAGUUCAGCUGGAGAGGUCAAUAUGCUUGAUGAUAGCCUGCGAAAAAGAAUGGAAGACGGUAUGCAGAGGAGAUACAAGCACAUAAUGAAGGUAAAACCCAUAAUGACUCGAAAAGGGUAUGAUAGCGUGGUGGAAACUUGA